AGCUCUCACAGUCGACUAAUUUGGGUAACCGAAACUGGUAGCUCAGACUCGGAUCCAAACAAGUAUAAGUCUAUACUCGGAUCCUGUAAAAUUUGCUGAGUGUGACUGGUUGCUGGUUUGAUGACUGGUUCUUAACCGUUGGUGGGGCACUUUGCAGCUCACAUUUUUGGAUUUCAACCCGUACCUUUUCCUCUCUUGUGUUCUAUUUUCCCUCUUUAUUAUUUUGUGUCGUUCUUAAUUUUAAUUUUUGAUUUCUAUUAAUUUAAUGAAAGUUAAUACUUAUGGGAUGAGUAAGUCGUCAUCAAAAUCGGUUAAUAUUCCUUCACUUGAUGAUAGUGACUCUAUUGUUGCACCUAUUGCUCAGAUACUUCUUGCUGCUGAGGAUCAUGUUGCUUCAUCAGUUCCUGUUGAAGAAGCAGCUGAAGAGGUUGUCGCUAAGUUAAUAUGGCCUUCUGAAGACAUUCAACUUUUGAUUGAGAAUAUUCAUAAGUGUUUACCUAAAAAUGAUACUGCUAAAUAUUCGACAACUGCUAAAAAAUUGAGCUGGGAUGAUAUAAAAUUCAAAGAUUACUCUGCUGAUGAGUGUAAAUCCCAAUGGGAUUUGGUGUUGACUAGAAUCAGAAGAUAUCGCACUUUAUCUGAAGUUCUAGGUGAUGCACGGGAUUGGGCUAAAAAUCCCUAUAACAAUGCAUCGCUCAACAAGAAAACACGUCAUCCAGAUUUACCCAAAAAACCUUUAACUCCUUUCUUGAGAUACUUUACAGAGAAAAGAGAACGAUUUGCUAAGAAGAAUCCUAAUUCAACAUCUGUUGUUGAUAUGGCUAAAGCUUUAGCCGCUCAGUAUCGUGAUCUCUCUGAAAAGAAAAAAGCAAAGUACAAAACAGCUUUUGAUAGAGAAUAUGAGGAGUAUAAGCGAAAAAUGGAAGAGUUUAAAAAACUCCAUCCUGAAAUUGAGAUCAACCCUCAUAAUAAGAAAGAGCCCACACAAGCUUAUCCUGGACCUGUUAGACCAAAAACUCCAUUCCAAAUUUUCUGCCGAAAAAAGACUGCGGAAAAGAUUGAUUCCAAAGAAGUUGAAGACGGGGAAUUUUCCAAAAAAGAUAAUUUGGAACAAAUGAGAAAGGCAUGGCACGACUUAUCUGACAAGAAACGCCUCAAGUGGAUUAAGAAAUCAUUAGCCGAUGAAAAACGCUACAUCGAAGAACUUAGUGAAUUUAAAAAGGCUAACCCUGACUAUGAACCACCGGUUAUAAAAGUUCUGAACAAAAUGGAGAAAGAUUUAAAGCAGCGAUAUGAUGGAAAACCGGAAAGACCUCCGUCCUCAGGUUACGCUCUAUUUUCCAAAGUUGAAUUGAAAGGAAUAAAAGAUUGUCCGGCUAAAGAGAAAAUGACCCUUAUUGCUCAUAAAUGGAAAGAAUUGUCCCAGGACGAAAAAAAUCGUUAUAAUCAAGAAGCCUGUAAGAAGCAAAGAGAGUAUUCCGAUAAGAUGGAAACAUACCUUGCCUCUCUACCGGAAGACGAAAAGGAACAAUUUAUGGCCGAAGAGAAAUAUAAACUGCCAGGUGACAAAGCAAAAAAGUCACCUUCUAAGAGUAAAGAAAAAGAUAUCAAAGAUUUACCUGUAGAAGAGUUGGCUAAAGACGCUAAUAUCAGUGCUGCAGCACAAUGUUAUUUCCAAGCAGAAAGGCUUGUCGCCUUACAAGCAAAAAAUCAGAACAAAAGUCAAUCAGAGUUAACAGGUAAAAUUAUUGAAGAAUGGUCAAAAAUGCCGUUGGAUAAAAAGGAAAAGUAUUUCCGUAUGGUGGAAGGCAUGUCUUUAACAAAGAAACCAACUGGCGUAAAGAAAACUAAACUCACUGACCGUUAUGAAGGUUUAGAGCCAGCUGAAGUUGAAAUUGUGACAGCACUGUUAAAAAAGAUGCCUAAACCUCCUCCUAAAAACGCAUAUUCAAUAUUUUUGACCGAAAAAUUGGCCCAGUUAAGCAAUUUUGAACCCAAAAAACGCAUGGCUGAAGUUUCUCGUUUAUGGCGAUCUGUUUUAACUGAAUCAGAAAAACAACGUUACGAGAAUAAAGUUAAAGAGUUUUCAAGUCUUUAUGAAAAUCAACUUCAAACUUUUGUUAAGAGCCUCAAUUCAAAAGAAAAGACGCUUUAUGAAAGGCAUUUGAAAAAAAAUGAGACUAGUUCGAAUCUUAAACGAAGUCGAAAUAAUGACAAUGCUAAUUCUAAGAAAGCCAAACUAGAACAACAGCAAUCCAGCGAUGACGAAGAAAUGGAGACUAUCAAACAGGAUGACAAUGAUUCCGACAAUGAAAAUUCCGAGGAAGAUGAUGAUGAUGACGAAGUAGAUGAAGACGAAGUAGAGGAAGACGAAGCAGAUGAAGACGAAGUAGAUGAAGACGAGGACGAUGAUUCAGAUUCAGAUGAAUCUGAGAAUGAUAGAAGCUCUGAUGAUGAAAACAAAGAGCCUGUCAGAAAACCCAAGUCCAAACGCUGAAAGCUGAUGAGAGUGAAGACAAAUAAGUGCGAAUGUUUUAUCAGGCUUAUUUUUUCAUUAUCCAUGUUAUAAUUAUCAUCCUUAUUUUUACAAGAACAAUAUCAUUAUCCUUUAUUCACCAAUCUAUGUAAUAUUUCUUUUGCUACAUGCAAAAAAGAGAUUCUUUAUGUCAAUUCUGCAACAUUUUCCCUUUGCAAUCGUAUGAAAUAUUAGAAUGAUACAAAACUAAUGUAGUUCACUUUGUUUUUGUUCAUUAUUUAAAAUUAAAUUUAUUGAUUAAAUUUA